AUAAUCACAAUUUUACACAGUGUUAUGAUAUGCGGACUGUUGUAGUCAGCCUGUCUCUGACUCAAGGUCUUUUUAACAGAAAUGAAGAUGUCGUGACCUCUGACCCCCGGUCUGUUUACAUGGCAGCAGAUGGCUAAUAGUUAGCUUGUGCUAGUUAACGUUACUUACGGUUGAAAUGAUGGAACCACUCUGCGACUACUUCAUGUAUUUUCCUGCCGCUCCGAUAUCAAGUCUCUCGGACCCGGCGGACUUCACAACUCUUCCCCGGAGACGUCACCUGUACCUCGGGGAGACUGUCCAGUUCCUGUUGGUGCUGCGGUCCCGGGACCCUGUGAAGAGAGAUUAUGGCUCCGGGGUUUUACCAUGGAGGGACCUGGGGGAAUCUCUGUCUGCUCUGGCGAGUGUGUGCGUCGCCGAGAGCCGGCAGCAGAGUCACGGUGAGUGCGAGCCAGACCUCCAGAGCAGCGAGGACAGCGGGGAAGAGGGGCCCGGGGACAGGGAGGCUGGAACCACAGACAACCGCGAAACAAGACCGGAGAGCAGCCGGGUUUUCAGACAGUGCAGCCCGCUUCUUAAUCACACCUCGGCCACUGGUGGACGACAGGAUGGCAGGGAACCGGUGAAGUCUGCUCUGGUGCAGGACAACCAGAUCAUCUUCUGUCUCACCGUCUCUCUGGACAAGCUGCCAGUCAACACACUCAAAGCCAAGAUCAUAGUGACUGUUUGGAGGCAGGAGGAGGAGAAGGUGGAGGUGAGCGAACAUGGCUACCUGACUCUUCUGCAGCUCAGAAGUCCAACACACACCUUCAGACAGGACCUGAACACCUUCAAGGCACAAGUCAACACCACCCUGAACGUUCUUCCGCCUCCCUCUGUCCAGUGUCAGCAGAUCACCGUCUCUGGGAAACACCUGACUGUUCUCAAAGUGUUGAACCUCAGUUCUCAGGAGGAGGUGUGUGUCAAAGAUGUGAAGAUCCUCCCUAACUAUAACUCCUCCUACCUCCCCAUGAUGCCAGAUGGGUCAGUUCUCAUAGUCGACAAUGUCUGCCACCAAUCAGCUGAGGUGACCAUGGCUUCGUUCUAUCGGAUGGACAGCGAGUCAUCGCGUUUACCCAGCAGGCUCAGUGCCCUGGAGGAGCAGAACUUCCUGUUCCAGCUGCAGCUACAAAACAAAGCAGAGGAGGACUCCAGUGAGGGUCUUGAGGUCCCAUUGGUGGCUGUGUUACAGUGGUACACUCCAGCUCUACCUUUCACCAGAUACAUUUCCAGUUGCUACUCGCUGCCCAGUAUUUGUCUGGAUCGUCCUCAGCUGGUGAUGACAGCCUCCUGCCCCAGUGCCGUCAGGCCUCUGGAGCACUUCUGGGUGAAAUACACCCUGCUGAACAACUUGCAUGACUUCCUGGCCGUCCGUCUGAUCUGGAAUUCUGAAGCUCACAGUCGUCUGUGUCAGCAGGACCCCAGGGUGGGAGCAGUGGUGUGUCAGUCUCCCCUCAACAACCUGGGACAGUGUAGCAAGGGCUCCACCCUCUCCUUCACCGUGGCCUUCCAGAUCCUCAGGACCGGACUCUCUUUAAGCCAGCACAUGAAACUGAAGCUCCAGUUCUCGGCCGCCGUGUCCACUCCUCCUGCGGGGCUUCGGUCGUCACUGAGGAAGUCUCCGUCAUCAUCCAGCUCUGCGGCCAGAGAGCUGCUGGACAGACAGAGCCUGGGCCGGUCUCAGAGCUUCUCCCACCAACAGCCGUCCAGGUCGCACCACGUCAGGUCAGGCACUGUGAUGGAGCGUCGGGCUGUCACGCCUCCUGUUGGUUCUCCGGUGUGCAGCUCCCUCUCACUGCCCCCCGACCUCACCCUCAUUUCACUGGACAAGAUAGCCAAGAGAGAGUGUAAGGUGUUAGUGCUGGAACCAGUCCAGGAGGCACACUGCAGAUGACCUGGAGACGAAGGUCGUACUGAGACACAACCGUCAGUGUUUGAUCCUCCUGUCCGGCCUUCAGAGCCUCGUCGUCUGCCUGAAGGAGACGUGCUGCAUCAACCGGAC